CGAUCGAUGUACAGGUCGUCCAUCCAAUUGCAAAGCAAUUAAAGAGGCGAGCUCCUAUUUCGAGCCUUGCUAGCUGGCGCCGGCCUUGUCACAGUUAAAUUACCAUUAUUUAAUACUUACGCGUUACGUUCAGCUGCAGUGCCGAUGCUGUGCACGGAAUUUGCGUAAAGUGAAUUUUGGCCUCAAGAUGUCGUACCAGCUCUGGGCCACAUUGUGCGCUGUGCCCGUCGUCAGCAUUCUGCUCUGGAUCCGGGUUAAGGGCUUGGAGUACACCAUCAUCCACCAGCGAUGGAUCUUCGUCUGUCUGUUUCUUCUCCCGCUGUCCUUGGUCUACGACGUGUUCAGCUUUGUGCGGAACUGGAUCGUGUUCCAGAUGAACACGGCACCACAGAAGCAUGAUGAACGUGUGAGAGAUAUACAGAGACAGGUACGAGAGUGGAAGGCUGAUGGGGAAAAGCGUCCCAUGUGCACAGCACGACCUGGAUACCAAACGGUCAGCCUACGGAUCGGAAAAUACAAGAAAACCCAUCAUAAAAUCAAUAUCAAUCUUGUGGACAUCCUGGAAGUGGACACUGACCGGAGAGUGGUGCGGGUGGAACCACUGGUCAACAUGGGACAGGUGACGGCCAUGUUGAAUCCACUCGGCUGGACACUGCCUGUCCUUCCAGAACUGGAUAUGCUAACCGUGGGUGGCAUGAUAAUGGGCGUGGGCAUUGAAACCUCCUCCCACAAGUUUGGCUUAUUCCAACACAACUGUGUGGCCUACGAACUGGUCAUGGCUGAUGGCAGUUUAGUGAGAUGCUCUGAGAAUGAAAAUUCAGAUUUGUUCUAUGCUGUGCCUUGGUCCUACGGAACGCUGGGAUUGCUUGUGGCAGCCGAGCUGCGAAUCGUGCCUGCUAAGAAGUAUGUGAAGAUCGAGUACCGGCCAGCCCACUCCAUGAGCGAAGUCAUCAAAGCGUUCUCCGAGGAAACCAUGAAAAAAUCCAACAACGAAUUUGUGGAAGCACUGAUGUACAGUAAGGAGGCAGGGGUCGUCAUGACGGCGAAUAUGACCGAUGAUGCAGAGGAAAGUAAGGUCAAUUGCAUCGGGCAUUUCUGGAAGCCCUGGUUCUUCAAGCACGUCCAGGCCUACCUGAAGUCGGGGCCGGGCAUCGAGUACAUCCCACUGCGCCACUACUACCACCGGCACACUCGGAGUAUCUUCUGGGAGCUUCAGGACAUCGUCCCAUUCGGCAACAACCCGCUGUUCCGCUACCUGUGCGGCUGGAUGGUGCCACCUAAGGUGUCGCUGCUGAAGCUGACCCAGGGAGAGACCAUACGCAGAAUGUAUGAGAGAAACCACGUGGUGCAGGACAUGUUGGUACCCCUCCGUAAGCUCCGCGAGUCCCUGGAUUGUUUUGACAAAGAGCUGAACCUCUACCCCUUGUGGCUGUGCCCCUUCCUGUUGCCUUCCCAACCGGGGCUUGUCCACCCCGAGGGGAAUGAGGACGAGAUGUACGUCGACCUGGGAGCCUACGGGACACCCAAGAGAAAAGGGUUCCACUUUGUCGAGACAACCAGACGGGUUGAGGAGUUCGUGCGGAGUGUCCACGGAUUCCAAAUGCUGUACGCUGACACUCACAUGACUCGGGAGGAGUUCCGCCAGAUGUUUGAUCACACGUUGUACGACAAACUGAGACACAGGCUGGGCUGUGAGAAAGCCUUCCCUGAAAUCUACGACAAGAUCAGCAAAGCUGCACGCAUCUGAUUAUUCAGGAAUAUUUCCCAUUUUACAUAACAUUACAGCCUUAACCACUUCCUACUGGGGGCAGUUAUCAAUGUCAAUGAUGCUGACGCGGGAUAUUUAUCAUUUUCUCUGUUUUCAAAAUUCUUUAAAAAUUCCUAUCUUCAUUUACUAGACACUUACACCCACACAAAGAACUGUCUGGUUUCAACUAUAGCCUGACAGACAAAAUCUAUUAACGCCCGAAUAUUUCAGCCAGGCCUGCAGCAUUGCAAAAAGGCCCCAGAUU